GAUCGAUCGAUCAUACGCACCAGACGGCCAAGAACCUUCACAUUACACCUGGAUUCUUGACGAGGAAGAGACCUGAAUUAGUGCAAGAUUCUUCAUACUAUUUGAUACUGCUUUUAUUUCGAUCAUUAGUUUCACUUCAAUUCGAUUUACACCCUUUUUGAUUCAAUUACGAUGCCUUCAAGAAGAAGAACGCUUCUCAAAGUCAUCAUCCUCGGGGACAGCGGGGUUGGCAAGACAUCUUUGAUGAAUCAAUAUGUAAACAAGAAGUUUAGUAAUCAAUACAAGGCAACAAUAGGAGCCGAUUUCUUGACAAAAGAAGUGGAAUUUGAGGAUAGACUCUUCACCCUACAGAUCUGGGACACUGCUGGACAGGAAAGAUUUCAGAGCCUCGGCGUUGCAUUCUACCGUGGUGCAGAUUGUUGUGUUCUUGUGUAUGAUGUGAAUGUGCAGAAGUCAUUUGAUGAUCUCAACAAUUGGAGGGAGGAAUUCCUUAUUCAGGCAAGCCCUUCAGAUCCCGAGAAUUUCCCAUUCGUGGUUCUAGGUAACAAAGUUGAUGUAGACGGUGGGAACAGUAGAGUGGUUUCUGAGAAAAAGGCUAGGGCUUGGUGUGCCUCAAAAGGGAACAUUCCAUAUUUUGAGACAUCAGCCAAAGAAGGAAUCAAUGUUGAAGAAGCUUUUCAAGUCAUAGCUAAGAAUGCCUUGAAGAGUGGAGAAGAGGAAGAAAUAUACUUGCCAGAUACGAUUGAUGUUGGAAGCAGCAGUCAGCAAAGGGGGGCCUCGGGAUGCGACUGCUAGAAAUCGAUCUCCAUUUUUUACAAACUAUGAUGUAUGUGAAUUGCUAUGCUACAAACCUCUUGCAAUUUGGUCACGUUGUUUGUGUGGAUGGUUGUUGGAUUGUAAAUCUGGUUUGAAGUUGUUUUGUGGAGCUUGUGUUUAUGUUUAACCUUCAUAUUGUGCAAUUCAAUCUAUCCCUUUGAAGCUA